AUGUCUCACUCGCUGUACGAGCAUGCCAUUUUACCGUCCUUUCUGCGGUCUUUGCCUCAGCUCGGACGGACAUGGAGACCACUCAACUUCUCCAGCCCAACUUUUGUCCGGAUAUCUGCAAGUCGAAAAAUUGAAGAAGAGACCAUCCCGGGUUAUAGUGCUUUCCGGUAUUAUCCCACUAGAAUAGGGGAAGUCUUCAAGGAGCGGUAUCAAGUCGUAGGUAAAUUAGGAUUUGGAGCUAGCUCAACUGUCUGGCUAGCGCGAGACAUGAACUGCUGUCGCUAUGUUACCCUCAAAAUCUACAUCAACUCUGCAUCCAUGGGACAGCAGUUGGAUGAUGAGCUCACGAUAUACAAACGGAUGGAGCGAGGCUCAAAAAGCCAUCUGGGCCACAAUGCUGUGAGGUCAUUACUUGACUCGUUCGAUGUUGAUGGACCUGAAGACAAACAUCGAUGCCUCGUGCAUCCGCUGCUGUGGGAAAGUGUUUUGAUUUUUCUCCACUGCAACCCGAUACAGAGGCUGCCUGCACCAGUCCUGGCAUUUGUGCUCCAGUGUCUUUUUUUGGCCUUGGACUAUUUGCAUACAGAAUGCCAGAUCAUACAUACUGAUAUCAAGGCUGAUAACAUCAUGUUCGGCAUCACUGAUGAUUUGGAGCUAGACGGAGGAACUAUCUACGUGUCCCGAGAACUUAAAAUGCCCAAGGAAUGGGGCGCCCCCGUCCUAUGUGACUUUGGCUCUGCCAUGGUCGGUGACACAGAGCACCUGGAGGAUAUUCAACCCAACAUCUAUCGAGCACCGGAGGUGAUUCUGGAAGCCCCAUGGACAUACAGCGUCGAUAUAUGGAACGUGGGAUGUAUGGUUUGGGAUCUUUUUGAGGGCGAGUCCUUGUUCACCGGUCAAGAUCCAGAAUUCCAGACAUACCGAAGUCGAGCCCACGUCGCCGAAAUAAUAAGUUUGCUUGGCCCGCCACCGCCUACGCUUCUUGCCCAAGGGAGGCAAAGCCACAAAUUCUUUUCGGAUGAGGGUGCCUUCUGCGCUAAUAUUCCAUUACCGGAACGCACUCCGCUCGAGGAUAGGGAAACUUCUCUUGAGGGACACGACAGAGUGAAAUUUUUAUCACUAAUACGGAAAAUGUUGCAAUGGGAGCCGGGCAAGCGUAGCUCUGCAAAAGAACUGGGAGAGGAAGAGUGGAUAUGUGAGCAUUUAUAAGUUUACAUUAAAGAAUCGAAUCCUAUCAGGAACACUCCAAGUUUGAUAUUGGGUCGGGUUGUAUGUUGGAUUUGGGAUAUGUUGCUUUAACUAGACUUAUCGCUACACAGCCCAGGAGAGAAGCCCUUAGAAAUCUCAGCAAAUUCUUUCAUAUACCC